CGUCGAACGCCGACAGGUGUGGACGGCUUGCGCGUCUGACACGCUCGCGGACUACGAUCGACCAAACGAACAUACAAAACUUAUUAAACCUCACCCGACCCCUCAGCCCUUAACGAACGAAACGUGCGAGCUUUGAUUAAUAUGAUAUACGUAUUUAGUUAGUCAUGUUUUCCAAAUUUCAAAAUCAAUUUUUACAUAAGAAACGACUGAAGUUUUCUACUCGCAUUGUUUACAAGAUGUUGUAAAAUUUACACCUUUUGAGAUUUACUUUAGUCCCAAAACUUUCGAACAAAGCUUUUCAAUAUAGUGAGUGUUUUAGAACAGUGCUUAACCUAUAGUUGUGUGUGUAGUGUUUAGUGUUUUUGCGUUGACUUUUAUUGAUUGGUCAAGAUGAGUAUAAGAUCCGAAGAUUGAAGAAAAUCCUACCUCCUCAUGCUCAAGCUCUCCCCAAUAAAACAUUCCUUAUACCUUCCACAUCUAAGUCAAACUGAAAGAAACAUUCCAGAAUUACUAAACAAAAUUUCAUAGGUUCUGUUCGCAAGAUCUACUGUAUGUGAUAAAGCCUGGAAAGAUAAAGGCGCGCGGUAACCUCUUCGGAGGGCGCGAGAGGCUGGCGCGAUGCGGUCUCCCCAGGGAUGUUCGUAAUAUAUCCCGCAGACGAAGUAGUGUCCCUGACUUACAGCUCACCCUCGGCGCCUCGGCCCAGGCCGCGGCCAACGCUAGACAUUUUAGUUGACCUGCCGCCGCACGCGCCGAGUGAAACGCAAGCACCUACCCCGCCCCCCGCCCCCACCCGCGCUCUCACUGUCCCCAAAACGGCGCCCCCGGAGCUAACGCCUCGCGCGCCGGCCUCGCCGACGCCCUCUACCGAGCGGUCGGCAAAGCCGCGCGACCGCACCAAAAAACUCUUUAAGAAGCUAGGCCGCAAUGAGGACAAUGAAUUCGGCAAAAUAGUCAGAACCCCAGCCCCGGAUGAAUUCGAGUUUCCCGCGCCCCUACCAACACCAGCUUUCUCCAGGAAGAACAUAUUCGAUCGCGAUUUUGAUGCACUCUUUGAAGUUGCUAGUACGCCGGAGUUCUGUGCAAAUAUAAGGGUCACGACGCCGGAGCCUGAUCGUAGGUCUGAUGUAUCUGCACCACAUUUCCCGUCUCCCUCAGCCUCCUCCCUUAGUCUGUUACCUCCCCGACCGCAGUCAGAGCCAACGGCGAAUUCAGCUCCAGCACAAAUAUCUCCACAGUCAACGCCUCCAGCUCAACGAUCGUCAUUUGAAGGAACUAAUCGAAAGCCGAAGAAAGUCAGCUUCUUUCGAAAAUUCAGCCGGUCGAGGGAGACACCUCCGACAUCUGCCAAAAUGCAGCAGCCGUCGAUAGAGAUGGCUCUGCGAGAGCUGACACACCCAUCACAUAAUGAGCAACUAAAGAAUCAACAACAAGUCACAUUCAAAUUAGUCAAAACAGUCGCGGACUUCACAACACAAUUGUCACAAGUGUACGAGCGACACUCGUCCGAGCUUCAAGUGCUUGUGGCAACUUUUCGUAAAAGGAACAGCGAACUUAGAAAAGAAAGAGCAUCAUGUCCAUCAUCGCUAUUUCACACAUGGGAGACGUUUCUCCAAGAAGUGGAAGCUGACGUCGUCGGCUUCAACAACGCGUCAUCUUCUCUCGAGAGGACAGUGGCUGUGCCACUAAUAGAGAAGACCUUUCACAUGAAGGUCCAGGCGAGGAAGCUGUUCGCGCAUCGGGAAGGCUGUGAAGUCAUUCUGGGAAAGGCUGAUGACCAACUUAAUAAGAGUCGACAAGAAUACAGAACUGCCUUCCUGAACUACUGCGACAAUGCGAGUCCUGUCAACCUCGCAACAUAUUACGACUCGCACAACAACUACGUCCAACAAUUGACAGCCACAAAUGCAAUGAUUGAACAAUAUCAUAAUCACACACUGCCUACUAUAUUACAGGAAUUGGAGGAAAUUUUAACGGACGCAACGACUGCAGUCAGCGAUGCUAUUUGUCAGGAAGGAGAAAUUAUCUCAGAAAAGUGCAACCAUCAGCUAAGAAGAUACGAGUCUCUAUGCACACAGGCACGUGCGGUGUCCAGUACUGCUGAUUUGGCGCAUCUUGCAAGGACUCUACUGAACAACCAACCACCUAUGAGGGCUCCGAUGAGGGCCUUCCUGCCUCCAUACCCACCAGAACCAGAUGACCCACCAAUAGAUGUACCUGCGGAGACAAUGCCUCCCGUGUUGCGAGGCGAGAUGUUACUCGACCGAAUGGGAGGAGGCCAGGCGAGACUAAACUAUGAACAAUUGAGAAAAGACGCCAUUGAUCUCGAGUUUCAGAUAAAACAAUUGCAGGAAGGCUUGGAGUCACUGAUGCGUUUACAAAACCGCGGCCUGGAAAGUAAUAUAUACAGCAAAGUGAAUGAAAUUCAAGAGGAGAUUUCUAUGAAGAAGUACGAUUAUAGAGCCACUCAAUUACAUCUAGCAGCAGUAAGAGCUCAGAGGGAGCUGUUUGCAGCUAAAGCUGACAGCAGCACAGUAGACCGCAAGCUAUCGUCUUCAUCAGCCGGAAGCAUGAAGAACAAGUGGCUUAAGGCUUUUAGGAGUUUGAAGCCUCCCAGCGCACCGCCGCCACAUGCCGCCCCAGAUAAGAGGAAUGGCGCGUCUCGCGACGCGAUGCGAGGCGUUGACUCGGAGGCCCAUAAUUUCCAAGAAUACACUUACAAGAAGAUCACACCAUGUGAUGUUUGCUCUCAAGUACUGCGAGGUCACACUCGACAGGGUCUGAGGUGCAGAGUAUGCAAAAUGAACGUACACACAGACUGCAUGCCGCAAGUCGGCAAAUGUCAAACGAAAUCACGACUCUUGCGCCGACAGAAGAGCACCUCCGAAAUUGAAGCUCACAGGGUCCAAGAUCCUGGCUACGAAGAAGAAAAGGAGGAAGUGGAUCUGACGUAUCAAGUGCUGAAGCGCGCCAACGAAAUAGCGAAGCCGGGAGGGCCGGUAGUGCGCGUGUCGGCACCCGAGGAACCUCCGCCAUCGCGGUCCCCGGCCCGGCCGAGCACCGGCCUGGCGGUGGCGCCGCAACAGAUAUCCUCCAGCUCAGCACCACAUUCGCCUCGCCGCCAAAAGUUGAAUCUUAGGAUGAAGAGCCUUUCUUUGGAUUCCCCGGAGUGUGGAGAACUGAGGAGGAGACCAGCUAGGGACCAACCUUCGCAGAGCAGCAAAGUUCUAUCUAACAGGACAUAUUGCAUGCGAUACGGCUCGCUGAGAGUUAAUAACGCUGUAUAUAAUUCGCAAUCAUCUCCAUCAUCACCGGUGCAUAGCCGCCGUCUUCUGAACACACGGGUGGGUCGUAUGAGCAGCGUGGAGUUACCAGACGAGCCUGACAAGAGCCUUUCUUCAAACAGCGCCAGCCCUUGUCCAUCACCAGUGAAACAGCCCACGAAGCACCAGCGUCUCUUACCAACCAACUUGUACGUGAUUCUCUACAACUUCAAGUCCCGUCACGCAGAUGAGCUGGACCUGAAGGCUGGAUAUAAGGUCACAGUGAUCGACACUUCUGAUCCUGAUUGGUGGAAGGGCAAAUGUCUUGGUAAAGUCGGGUACUUUCCAUCCAAAUAUUGCACUAAGCUGCAGGCUGGUGAACGACCCCUGCAAGUCACUCACAACUUACAGGUGUCUGACGGUGACAAUGGCCUGAUGCUUCUCCGUGACCAGAUCGUGAUCCAAGUGGGUGAUGAAGUUGACGGCAUGGUGAUGAUCCGUGCUGGAGACAACCGACAGGGAGUGUGCCCUGUUAAGUUUCUACAGGAAGUGUGACGCUUUAAACUGCCCAGUUUCAGUGUUCUACGACGACGCAGCUCCCUCUCAAACGAAUCCCGAACGUACUUGGCACCAAAACCUUCUAGAAGCGCGCCAGUCACACCCUGCGACAGUGACUCAUCGUCAUGGCCAUAUGUGGACUACGAGCGCAGAUCGGAAAAGGAAAGAUACGAAGCGUCCUUAGAAGGUGUCUGGUGGUGGAAACGACCCCUCGGCGUGAGGCGUUCCACCUGCCGCUGUAGAGCCUCUUCAUCAUCACGACCUCUCAUGGCUCCUUGUACGUCAGGUCAGGAAUAUUAUAGAUCUGAUGAGCGACCGUUGAACCUUGUUCGGCAGAUAUAUCUGUAAGGGGCCAUUGAAAGCCUUUAUUUUUCUGUUGAAAGUUUCCCUUUAUAAUAUAUUAUAAUAAGGUACUACAAUUAUGUGUUUUAUAAUAUGUAUUGUUAAAAACGAAAAUAUUAUCGAUUUUUUUAAGAGGGUAAUCUAUUAUAAAAUAAGUCCACCCUCAUAUUACAAAAUAUUUUUUGCAAACAUAAAAUAAUUGUAGUUCCUUUGCGGUUGCUAUCCCAAUACAUUUAUAAUGGCCUAUGAUUUAAAAAAAUAAUCCUUCCAUGCCUAGAAUUUAUUUAUAAAAUUUCGUAUUACGAAUUUUAUACAGAUGCUAUUAUAUACAACAUAUCAU